CAUACGCAAGAGACCACUUGGAAAGCUCUCGGAACGAGGACCCCUUUGAACUUUGACCCUUUGCGCUUCUUCCCCGACAACAACGAUGGCCUCCGCCCUUUGCUUGCUCAGCUCGCGGUGUUGUGGCACGCCUUGUGUCAGCAUCCAGCGCGCUGGGGCUCGCCCAGUCGCGAACACGAUGCCGCGGUCCAGUCAGCCACGCCUCGCCUGCGCGCCCCUCUGUGCGGUCUCUGGCGCCGGCGACUGGCGGACGCACUCGCAAGCUCAGCCCGCCCUCUGUAACGGCGACGGCUCCGGAAACCACAACAGCAACAACAACAACAACGGCGGCAACCGCAUCGGCGGCAACGGUGGCAACGGCGGCAACUCCGGCAGCGGCGCCGGCGGCUUCGACGACUCCUGCAGCUCCCGCCGCACCUGGGGCUACAUGCCCCGCGGCGCCGCGCUGCUAACGCACGCCACCCUGGGCGCGCUCGCCAUCACCGCCAUCACGGCGGCCAUGCCGCCGCAGGGCAAGGCCGCCGGCUCCCGCGCCAGCGCGCCCGCCGCCGCGGCCGCUUCCGCGGCCCAGCUGAGCUCCUCUCCCACCAAGGACUCCCACAUGCUGCUGCACCCGCACCACACCAUCUCCGAGACGCUGUCCUCCCACGCCUACGGCGAGGGCUCGCCCAUGCGCCCCCGCUCCAAGGUCGUGCACGUGCCCGUGCGCGGCUCCACCCUGGUCGUGCCGCUGGCCUGCACCGGCGCCGCCGGCCGCGACGGCGGCAGUCGCGACGCCGCGGUGCGCCGCGUGGGCGGCGCCAGCGCCGGCGCCGGCGGCGGCUUUGGCUUCCUGCACCGCGCCAAGACGGUGGAGGCGCCCAUCGAGCUGAGCGACGGCGAGGUGUCGCUCAUGGCCAACCGCCAGUACCGCGUGCGCGACAGCGUGUUCAUUCACUAGGCCGGCCGACAGGCAGGGGGCCGCAGCGCGGAGCCGCAGGCAGGCAGGACGCGGGGAGGAGGCUUGGCGUCGUGGCGGGGCAGCUGGGGGGAAGGAAGGCCAGCAGUCAGGGCCUCGCCGGCGGUGCAGGCCCUGAGCAGCAGCAGCAGUCUCCAGGGGAGGCGCCUGUGGCGGCAGCAGCGGCGUGAAGGCAGCGUGCCCGAGGAAAGGUAGCGGCUGUAGCGGCUGGCAGCACAGGGAGGAGGUCGCAUCCUUUCUAGGAGAGGGAAGGGACGGCUGCUCGUAAGUGCGCUUCAUCUGAUUUUGGACGGCCCGAGCACUAGCCUUGGCGUCUGCCCGUGCGGGCGGGGCGGGGCCUGGCCGGGUCUCGUAGGCUUAUGUGCACGGUUCAUCUGUGUGAGUGCGUUUCCGUGCCCCCGUGACUUGAUUAUUGUCAACGACGUGGCCAUUUUGCAAAAGAGAAGAACUUGUGCGGAUGAGGAACAACAAUAAAAAGCUGUUGAGGAUGCGGAAACGGUACAUAAUCGCUGUUGGACGCAGCAGCACGUAGCAUAGGCGGUGACGAAGGUGAUUUGCGCGUCUCGUGUUCUAUGGGGGAAUGACUCGCCAGUUGCUUGUUUAUUCUGUUUCAUGUUUGGACUCCUGUUGGUACGAAUCGUCACGGUGCUGGGGGGCGUGUGUUGUUACGCCGCGCUGCAGACACUGCUGUUCAUGCUGCCGAGCUAACACGUACGUCCCCCGCCCACACUACGCGUCUCAGCACUUCGUUAGGAAUCAUGACACGCCGUGUGUUGGAUGCAGAUUUGGGACAGACAAAUUGUCAUCAUUUUCGGUUGGCUAGCAAAAUUUCUCUCUCGGUUAGAAAGCGCUUCGUGAUGUAUUUCACCAGUGUACUUUUAAGGCAGACGAAGUGGGUGCACAUUGGUGGUUGCUCCUCAUUUGCGGGGUGAAGAUGGCGCAACAUGUGUGACGUGGUGAGGGCAGAGCACCUGAUAAAAGGCGGUUCGUGUGGGUUUCACACGCGGCCGUGCCCCGAGCGCGGCAUGGCAUGCAACCCAUGCAGAAAUCCAAGCGCGAGAUACUGUAACAUCUUAAAGGG